AUGGCUUCUUCAGGUUUAAACGCAGAAGCUUCCGAAUUUCACCCCAACAACCAACUGCAAAAGCUUCACCCUCCAUACCUCACUUUCGCUCCUCUCACACAUCAGCCUUCUUACCCUUUUUUCUAUUAUUAUCCCGCUGCCACAAAACAUCAUUUUCACUCAUCAACUUACUUUUCCUUUCGCAUUCACCCAAACCUCACCACCGUAACUCCUACGUUUCCGCCAUCUAGCGGUGUGAAAAAGGAUAUAGCGGUGGAGGCGGCAUCUACAGAGGGUAAUGAUGGAGAAAUGAAAGGCCGUCGUUCUCAUGGAUUGAGAAUCCCGAAGUUAGAGUGGAGGAAGAAAGGAUUAAAUGUUGCUGAAAAAGACCCUAAACUUAUGAAUCAGAGUUUGAGAAAGAAUCAUCACAGUAAACAUGAACUACACUCUAGAGCUUCUACCAACCUGAAGAACAAAGGAAUUGUUUUUCCUGUGGUUCCAGUUCGUCCUGAUGGAGAUGAAACAACUGUUAUGAUAAAAAACAUUCCUAGCAAAUAUACUCGAGACAUGAUAGUGAAGUUCUUAGAGAACCUUUGCAUGGUUGAAAAUGCAAAAGAUCAAGAGAAUGGAGAUGAAAACACUUUCUCCUUUGAUUUUGUCUACUUACCGAUAGAUUUCAGAACUGGGCUGAACAAAGGAUAUGCCUUUGUAAAUUUCACUAAGGCUAGUGCAGCUUGGAGAUUUGUUCAGACAUCAUCAAAUCGGAAAUGGGAAUUGUUCCUUUCCCAUAAGAUACGUGAUGUGGUUGCCGCACGCCUCCAGGGAAAAGAGAAACUAGAGAAACAUUUCGUGAGUGUGAAUUUUCCCUGUGAGUCCGAGGAAGUUCUGCCUCUGUGCUUUAGUCCACCUCGGGAUGGUGUAAUCAAAGGAAAGCAAAGGACACUGGGGAGGCUUCUCUAUAAUCCUCAGUAG